AUGUAAAAGGAAGAAAUCCGAAUUCAAAUCAAAAGCCGAGUCCUUUUUAUUGCUCUUAAAACAAUAAACGGUAAAACCAGGGAGCUCUCUUUCAUGGCUACCCAGGAGGAAUCAAUAGAACAAGCCGCUGCGUCACGUCGAGAGAGGCUUAGAGCUCUUAAAGCAGCUCAGGAACUACUGAACGCCCCAGAGGAAGAUUCUGCUCAAGCUGCUGAGAACCAAACAGAUGAAACUAAUGAAGAAAAUAAUCCCAGCAUGAAGUUUCGAAAUUAUGUACCUCAUGACAAACAGCUUCAGGAGGGUAAAGUUGCUCCCCCGCUGCUGCCAAAGUUUGAAGACCCUGUUGCAGCAGCACCUCCACCAUCAGAAGACAAAGAGGAUCCAUUUGUUAACAUUGCUCCUAAGAAACCAAACUGGGAUCUCCGAAGGGAUGUGCAGAAGAAGCUUGAUAAGCUUGAAAGGCGCACACAGAAGGCAAUAUACAAACUUAUGGAGCAACAAGAACAAGAAAAACAGUCGGAUGGAGGAAAUGGCAUUGAAGAUUAGAAUUAGAUAUCAAAGUCAAAGACUUGUUGAACCACUCAGAUCAUUAACUAAAGAAUGGUGGUCUGUCGAAGCAUACGAAUGAAACAGUUGUGGGGGUACAAUAUGUUAUUUAAUAGUGAAUUGGCAACAGGAAAAAGCUUAAAUCAUUUGAGACUAAAAUGUGUAUGAUUACGUUGUCUAUACCCUAGAUGUUGCAUGAUUCGUGUUCAUCAUAAUACUGAAAUGUUAGCAGAAGUGAACCA